GUGUCUUCAACCGAAAUGAACAUCCAGCAACUGAAGUUGCCACAAAUGAGCAGUCAGCUGGCGAUGAAAAUUCUGAUAAUCCGGAGAGCUUGGUGAGCAACUUGACCGAUUGGACUCUGGAUGAAAGCACAGACAUAUACAAUGAAGAAAGCAUGGAAUCCAGUCAAGCAUCAUUUGAUUUGGAGUCCUUACAAUCAGAAAAAAGUGGCUCAGGAGCAACAGCAGGAGGCCCGGAAACAGCUGACAUUGUUCUGCGAGACUAUCAGAUGGAAGUGGCUGGACCCGCCUUGGAGGGGAAAAACAUCAUCAUAUGCCUCCCCACAGGAAGUGGUAAAACCAGAGUCGCGGUGUAUGUUGCCAAAAAACAUCUGGACUGCAUGAGAGAGGAGGGGCGAUUGGGGAAAGUCGUUGUCCUCGUGAACAAGGUGCCUCUGGUUGACCAACAUUAUAGGACAGAGUUCGGGAAAUUUCUGAAGCACAAAUAUAAAGUGGAGCGAGUCAGUGGAGACUCCCAGCUCAAAAUCUCUUUUACUGAGGUUGUGAAGAAAAAUGAUGUCAUUAUUUGCACUGCCAAGAUUCUGGAGAACUACCUGGAGAGGUCUAACAAAGGAGAAGACGAAGGGGUUGACCUCAAAGAUCUGUCCCUGAUUAUAAUAGACGAGUGUCACCACACUCAAAAGGGCGAGGUUUACAACCAGAUCAUGAUGCGCUACCUGAAGCAGAAGCUCAAGAACGAAAAGCUGAAGAAGGAGCAGAAGGAAACCAUACCCCUACCUCAAAUACUGGGUCUGACCGCCUCACCGGGUGUUGGUAAAGCCACUGUAUUGGCGAAAGCAGAAGAUUACAUUCUACGGAUUUGUGCAAAUUUGGACGCUUACAAAAUCAUGUCAUGGGGCCUUGGAGAUGAGAAAAGGGAACCGUACAAAACAAUUGCACUUGUUGAAUACAGAAAGCAGGAUCCCUUUGGGGAUGUAAUCAAGACAAUCAUGGAUGCUAUUCAUGUUCACGCUGAGCUGAACCCCACCUCUGACCUCGGCUCUCAGAACUAUGAGCAGUGGGUGAUUCAAGAAGAGCGAAACGCUGCAAAAGAAGAAAAUCAGAAGGUGAGGGUUUGCGCAGAGCAUCUUCGACAGUACAAUGAGGGCCUACUGCUACAUGACACCAUUCGCAUGAGUGACGCCUUCAGUUUCCUCAACAAAUAUCAUGAGGAAGAGAUGAAGAAAAAAGCAUCCCCAAACGAUGAAGAGGCCAUACAAAUCACAGACACUGAGAGAUUUCUCUUCAACUUGUUCAGAGAUAAGAAAGAAGAGCUGCUGAAGCUUGCGGAAAACCCUGAGCAUGAAAAUAAAAGCCUGUCAGAGCUAAGAGCAAAGAUUCUGUAUGAGUUCAGCUCCAGGGAGGAAGCUAGGGGGAUCAUUUUCACCAAGACACGGCGCAGUGCCAUUGCUUUGAGUCAGUGGAUUCAAGAUAACUCAAAGUUUGCAGACAUUGGAGUGAAAGCUUCAUUCUUCAUUGGAGCAGGAGACCAGAGUGGCGUCAAACCAAUGACAUCUACAGAGCAAAAGGAAGUGCUGAAUAAAUUUCACCAUGGGGAAAUCAACGUGCUGAUUGCUACUACAGUAGCCGAAGAAGGUUUGGACAUACCUGCGUGCAACUUUGUUAUUCGAUACGGCCUUGUGACCAAUGAGACUGCUAUGAUUCAGGCUGAAGGCCGAGGACGAGCUGAGAACAGCAGUUACACUGUGGUGGACGUGCAGGGAUCCGGAGUGGCUGAAAAAGAAAGCGUCAACGAGUACCGCAAGAACAUGAUGCACAAAGCCAUUCAUAAGAUCAUGAGUUUAAAUCAUGACAAUUACAACAAACGGAUCAAGGAGUAUCAGUAUCAGGCUGUAAUGGAGGACAGAGUGAAAAAGAUGAAGAUGAAGCAGAAAAGCAUAAAGAACGCAAGCCCAUCUGAAGUGGAGUUUCGGUGCCGAGGCUGCAGCAAAUAUGUCUGCAGCGGUGAAGACGUCCAAAUCAUCGAAAGCAUGCAUAGAGUCAAUGUUUCCACAGAGUUUAGUGAACUUUUCAUUCGGAGAGAAAACACUUCUCUUCGAGAUAGAGGCUUGGAUUAUGAGACCAAUGGUUUCUUUGCAUGUAAAGACUGUGGGCAGAAUUGGGGUUCCAUGAUGCAGUACCGUGGGAUUGAGUGUCCCUGCCUCCAUGUGAAAAACUUUGUGGUGACAUGCAAUGGAAAGAAGAUCAGCAAAUGCACCAAGUGGAAUGAGCUUGCAGUCAAGUUUACUGACUUUGACUAUGCAAGCUGGGUGUCUCAAAACCCAGAGGAUGAAGAUACAGAAUGAGCCAGAAGGGCAUUUGAUGGAGUGUACUGUAUCUCCACCCAGAUUCAAAA